AUGUCUCCAACAAUCACCAACAUCCCCGCCACUCUUUAUGACUCUCUUAACGCGCACGCCCUCCCUUGUAUUCUCACCGGCGAACUCUCCACUAUCCUGACCUUUACCACCGCCCCUCUCUUUUACACUCUGCGCAUCAUAGGUAGCAAAGCCAGCAACACCGUCCGCGUGGUUAAGGCCCGCGAAAACACCUCCAAUGCCUUCACCAUCACAUCCCAGGCUGAUGUCACCGGACUGAUUAUCUGGAUUCUCGAAUUCGCGAUCGAGAAAGAGACUGAAGCGUAUUGUGGGCAGCUUCGCCUGGUUCCAAGGACAGAUUCUGCACUGUUGAGAGCCCUACGCUCAGAUGCGCCAAACCUUCUCGAACCCUUCGCCGAAGCUAGAACGAUGGUAGAGCAAGGCUAUCUUCUCGAUGCAGUUGUUGAGUUGUUCACCCCAUUUGGUCUCCAGCCUACCCUCUCUGACGCCUCAGUGUCAUUCGAUGCCAAAGAACUGAGGACAAACGAACUACACGCUUGUCCUAAAAUUUUCAGAUUAAAGAAAUACGGCUUUGAGAGUGACAUCCACGGCGGGUUGGAUUUAUCGUCUUGCGUCACCCUUCUAUACGCCAGGAGCUAUGGCGCCACAGUAGCCGCAGUAGAUAAGAAAAGAAUUCUGUCUAGCAUGCUAGUGGAAGCUGGGUACAUCGAUGAGCUGGAUCAAGAUGAUUUCAUGCCGCAGAAGGUUCUGCUUUAUGAUUUGUCCAAGGCUGAAGAUCGAAACGCGUUAGUAGAGCGUAUUCUGCUAAUGCGUGAUUCGGAGCGCAACGACAAAGCGCCUUUUGAGAUGGGGAAAUGGAUGGGAAAGCAGGAAGGCCCUCGCGUGGGAACUCGAACUAAUCUGUGUCCAGAGCGCAGACCAAAGGCACAUGCAUAUCACCACAGGAAAGGUGCAGAUAGAACGAGCAGCUUGCGCUUCAACAUCCUGCGCGAGGACAUUGAGUUUGGAGAGAAAGAGAUGGUGGUGAAGAGAUCGCGGCUGCCACCCGCGGGAGAUGAAAACUUGCUAGAGUUUGUGCUUUGGCAAGAGCAGGAUCGGGUUAAUGAGGUGCUGUUGGAGGGAAAGCAGAAGCUGGAGUCAGAACAAAUCCCAGAGCUGACACAGUACGAGGACAACGAGGAAAUGGUCGAGCCUAUCACGCCGCCCACGUCGCCUUCAGAGCACUCGUUCGCCAAAAGCUGGGCGGAUAUGGUAGAUGAAGAUGAAGAAGAUGAAGUUGAACUGGUAGCGCUCGACGAUCGCAUCGUGGUUUAG